CCGGGUCUCUGGAGAUCUAUCAGCCCAAACCAUUGUGAUAUUCGGAAUCAGCAUGCUCGAUUAGCCCCGGUCAACUGAGUCUCAGCUCAAAAGCGAGGGAACACUUGGUGGGCUUUCCUCGUGAGAUGCUUAAGACCUAGAAAAAGCGUUUCCAUCAAUUCUCUCAAAAAUUUUAAAAAGGUUUUAAAAGAACAUCUUCAUUUUUAAUUCCUUUUUUAUUUUCAAAUCUUUCUUCUUCUUCAUUUCUAAACAAGAUGAGUGUAAGUUGGUAGAGGAACAAUGCUGUGACAGCUUAAAGUGUAAUUUAUAUGUAAUGCACUCAUCUUAUCUUUUAAAUGAAUUUUAUAUGUGAAAACCAUUUCUCUCACUACUUUUCAUUAAUGGUCAUAUUCGACAGAAACUUUGAAUCGAAUGUUUAUUUUUUCUGUUGCACCUCAUACUUACGUCUGAGCUGUUUCAGGUACCAUGAUCAGUUACCCAAAUAAAGAGAUUGAUAGAUAGGUAAAAGAUCAUUAGACUUUCUGCACUAUAUUUGUUUAUCACACCUACAUCUUUCAGAAGAACUUUUCACAUUUUUACUGCGAAAGAGCAACACUGACAAGCGUUUUUUUACAAAACACACUGUCCUCUUUUACGUUUUUAAUGUAAUCAAUUUAAAAGAAGUCGAAAUUUUAAAAGUUGAUUAUUCGCACUUCAAAAAAACUGAAAUAAGAAAAAGAAUCUUGCAGACGUUAUUAUUCGUAGCGGUGUAUAUUUACAACGGUAGUAGACAAGGAAAGAAAUGUCAAUAUAAGCAUACAUUACAGAAAAAAAUGUUGCUGAACCUGAAAAAAGAAAUGAAGAAUAGAAAUAACUUUUAUUAAUCUACAAUAAAGAGUAAGUUAAAUUAAGAGUAUGUUUUUGAACAAGUUUACUCAUAGUAAGAUUGUACUUUCAAAAUAGGAAAUCCUACAGUCCGAUUUUCAGUUUUGUAUCUGUUUCCAAAGACCUGCUGCAUCUUAAAUAGCUGACUUGAAAGCUUAUUGAACUCAAUCACGAAAACAAUAUAUUAUGACCAGACAUACGAUGUUUUCGAGACAGUUUAAAUGAUUCCAGUAAAAUACUCCAAUUGAACGAGAAACGCGUGUAGAAGGUGCUAGGCUUCAUAUUACGUUCAACUCGUCUUUGAGAUCAUAAAAUGCCUUGAACGCAUCUGGAUGCGCUGUUUUAUACCAUUCGCCAACAAAAUGUGGCCAUAUUUGCGGUUCGAGGCGCCUCACAGUUUAUCGAGUAUAUUCAAGAGCGUUGAGAUGGAUCUCGAUCAGGACAAAUGCGUUCACACGCUUCUCAAGAAAACAAGAGUUGGAUCGAAGAAAAAUGUUAUAUUCUGAAACCUUUUUACUAUUUAAGCUCGACUUGUUUGAACUAAAUAAGUUUUUUGUUACGGAAAAGUUCAAGCCUUGGGAAUUCUAACUGACCCUUACUACACACGCAAUCCUCGAGACGCCAGAACGACGAUUAGUAAGAGAAUAGGUGCGCGCAUCUGAGAAUCGAAUCACCGACUUAUUUUGAUGGCAUCUUAACUGUGUUGGAAGAGAAGAUGCCGAAAGACAAUCUUGAGGGCUGCGCAUACUAAGCGCUAGUUCAAGUUUCCAAGGCUCGAGCUAUUCUGGAGUGAAAAAGGCAAUUAUAGUACAAAAUUUAUUGCAAAACGUCUGUAACGAGAGAGAAAUCGCGUGUAGAACACUGCAGGUUAAACCUGGGUUAGGUUUAGGUUAUAAAAAAUUUUAUAGUUUUGAUUGUAGGCUGCGAUUGAUAAUUAUUUUUAACCUAAACGAAAAAUAAACGAUUUUGAAUGAUUACAUUAAAAUUGCCAAUACUUUGAGUAAUAAAGCAUAGUCUUAUUGGGUCAAAUAACUGAUACGAACAAUAGCAGAUAUUCUUCUCUUGUCACGAGCUGAGACUUUCUCACAUUUUCGCUUAGCACUAAUAGUAUUAGCAUUUACUUGUACCAGUCAAAUGAAUGUAAUUCUGAAACCGUCUGAGUGGAACUUUAUCGCUCAAUCGAUAAAGUUUAGACUGAACUACUUUUAAACCGAAAAAUGGUACAAUCAAAAAAGGAAGUACAUAGAAAAAACUUCCGUUUGUUAAAAAUAAAUGGCGAAUACACAACAAUAAUAGAACCUUCAUAGCAUCGAGAGGCUAAAGUGAAAUUUUGGUCUACUCUUAAGAGGGUCUCCCUACUCAGAAAGCUAUUUUUCAAACGUUGUAUUAAAGAAUAAAAGAUUCAAUCACUUCAUUUCUUUAUUAAUUUAAAAUAUGAUUUAUUUCGUAUAAGCUUUUCUAUCAGACGCUGUUUAGGUGAGAAAAAACAAUAACGAUCUGGAACAAAGCUGAAGUUUAGGCUUCUGAUACCAGACUUUGGGAAUUUUGUAUAGGUUAUAUUAGGUUAACCUAGGUUAGUUACGAAACACAUUAAUAGGUUAGAUUAAGUUUUGGUUACGAAUUUUGUAAGUUAGGUCACAGUUUCUCCAAAAGUCAUAACCUGCAGAACUCUAACCGCUUGUAGCCUCGCAAAUAAAGGACCGUAUCUGCCAAAGAGUUUUCCUAGCGAUACUAGGCAUACACUAGUAUUCGCCGAUGUAGAAUCCAUAUUACUUUCACAAAAAAUCUUUUUGUAACACAAAAUAUUCUAGAAUAUUUUUAACCAUUCGGUUUGGUAGUGCACUCAUUUCUCUACAAAGUGAGGAAUGUACGGUUUGAUUCGGUAAAUGUUUGCCAGUCCCUCCACAACCGAUACUGAUUACUUUGAGUGUGUGGCUCUUUGUCAAGGAAGCGAUCAUGGCAGAAAGAAAGGAGAUGAAGACUUACGCCAUGUCUCACUCUGUGGGAAAAUGUUUGCUCUAUAAUAGCAAGUCGUGAAAACCCUAUAAUCUAUUGUAAUCUGUAAUCAGUCUGAUUGAGGAGAACCGUAAAACAUAUCGGCUUCAGAAUUUCAGAUUUCAAGAAAAAAAGGUCAACGCGACCUAUAGCAGUUGAGUACCAUAUGGCCAGAGCAGGUAUGUGACAAGGAGAAAAUUAAGGGUUUUAAUUAUCAUACUCUUGAUCGCCAUGUCUAGUUGUGCUAUUAAUAUUGCCGGUGCUCCCUGUACAGAAAAUGUUAACUUAGGAUCCCAUCAAGCAUUUCGACUAAAUUUCGACGGAAGCUUUUUUCUCGAGAGGAAGGACUGGCAACUAUACGAAUAGCACAGUUCGACAUGGCAAUCACGAAUGUGGUAAUUUAACGCCUUAAUUUCUUCCUUCUCACAUACCUGCUCUAGCCAUACGAUGAAGGCGAAUAUUGUUCAAAUAGCAACCAACACUAUCGCUAGUGUUGAAAUAUCUUAUUUUGAUUGUUUUUGGCCAUUAGUGCUUUGAAAAAGUUCGGUAGAACAGUUUUAACGUUAAAACUAGAAAAAUUAAAAUGAAAUUAAAAGGAGAUUUUCUGAAGAUCUCCUAGAAAACGUUGAUCAGGUGGCAUUGGAAUCUCGCUAAACCUAAACCAUUUGUUUAGUUUUUAUUUCUAUCUCCAACCACGUUUGAACUGAGUCUCCAUCUCUUAGGUGAACUGCGCUACAUUCAUUUUGAAAAAGUUGAGUUUUUUAAGUGUUAAAUUAAAUUGAAAAAUUGAAAUUUUGAGUUAGAAACUUGAUUUUUUUUCAAAAUGUUCGCCUUUCGACGCUGAAUCCGAAUAUGUUAUUUAAAACGUUCCAUAUCCUAACGGCGAUUAUAAGACUUUUAAUUCAACUGAUGUAGUCCAAAAACCACGGUUUUCUGCAAAUCCCACUUCGAAAGGUUUUGGAGAAAAGUUUCUAGAGACAAAAGGAAAGAAGAGUUCCUCGAGAAACUCUUAUAAACCAGAGGACAGCUUCACAGCUUAGUGGGGUCCGAAGAUAGUUUUCUUGAGCAAGACGCUUAUUCAAUGAUAAGUUGCGCGUAUGGAAUCGUGUAAAUUUCUAGAAAUUUCUGAUUGUUCGAGGUAGAGACAGGCAUGUGGACGGAUCUUUUUAACAGUCAUAAAACAUAAUAUCUAAGCGCGUCUAGACGUGUUUGUUUUAUAUCGAGAUGAAAGUGAACGUAUCUGGAUGUUUACAUAUAAUAAAAUUAUCCAGUAGGCAGAACUACUUUAUAUCCCAGGUAAAACUGAGUAUUGAAUUAGCAUAAUUAAAACCUAAAAUGGGCGAAGAACAUGAGAAGAACCUUGAACUGUUUAUGCAGCAUCAUUGAUGCAAGUUUAAAGAAGAACACUUUUUUACAUCAUUCGAUGACCUCAAUCCAACCAUAUGAAAUUUUUGAGUUGCUGGUUACUUAAAUAUAUUCUACUUAUAAUUAUUUGACGUUUGCUAUGUUUUGUUGUUUUAAGAUCGUCAAUUGUGUUCGAAAAUAUGAUAACCACAUUAGAAGAUUUGCCUGAUGAAGUUUUAUUAAUCAUACUCAAUAACUUCUCAGUUGCUACAGUACACUAUGCAUUCGAUAAGCUUAAUGCACGGUUCAAUUGCAUUUUGAAUGACAAAUAUCUUCGAUUAACGUUCGAUACAAAAAAUAUACCUGAUCGAUUGUUUUAUGAUUUUUGUGAUUCAGUCUUAUUAAAAUAUGCUGAUCGUCUAGUAUCGUUAACCUUAUCAAAACCAAUUGAGUUAUUUUCAUCCAAUAGUCAAAUAAAAUUUCAUCAACUUGAAGUCUUGAAAAUAGCGGGCUGUUCGAUGUCUUUUUCACUGUUAUCGGUAUUAAAACAAUUACAAAAUUUAUGUAAAUUAUCCAAAUUGUUUAUCUGUGUUCCUUUGCUUGAAUCGAAUUCUGUAUGUAGAAUGAUUUUAUGUAAAAAUUAUCUGUCACAGUUAAAGAUGUUUUAUAUUGUAUUCGAUUCUUUUAUUUCGUUAAAUGGUGCUAAUCAUAUACUAAUAAUACCAAAUAAUUUAAAACAUUUAUCUCUACAAUGUGAUAUAAAUGAUUUAUUACUUGUACUCAAAUAUUCGCCAAAAUUAGAGUAUCUAAAUGUGGUUACUUGCGGUAAUAUUCAAACAUUGACAAAUAAUUUCGUGUUGGAAUUAAAAUACUUAAAAAUAAAUAUAAAAAAUGUUUCUUAUGUUAAUUUGUUCAACAUAUUAAAUAUAGUACCAAAUUUGAAUCGAUUUAAACUAACCGGAUAUGUUCAAGAUCCAGAUUUUUUCAAUGGAGAAAAUUUAUCAGGUUUAAUACCAUUAACACUCGACAAUUUUCAAAUGAUCAUUAAAACUGGCGUUGAGCACCAAGGUAGUAUUGAUCCAAAUAAGAUAUCAACAGUGCUGAAUAAAGAUAGGUGUGACUGGUAUAGUGUUCAACAGAAAACAGAUGGUCUUUGUUUAGAAUUAUCUGUUCGAAGCAUAAAAAAAUGCAGAUUAUUACCAACAACUGAUCCAACGACAAUAGAACGACAUCUACCGCAACCGUCAACAGUUAAAUGUAUAAUGAAGGCCUUUUUCGUCACUGUCGCAGUAGCAAUCGCUUAUUAUUUGUUUUAA